CUGGCCCGCCCUCUUCCGCCGCGGCCGUCGGAAUGGAAACAUCUUCUCCACGUGCCGGAAGCAACCUGACGGCGGCGGCUACGGGGCGCCUUGUCGCAGGCUUCCAUGCCGAGCCUGUGAGGGUGUCCUCGCGAGACGAGCUCGCCGAAAUGGCCACGUCCAGUCAAGGAAACUUUGAGGGAAAUUUUGACUCACUGGACCUUGCAGAAUUAGCUAAGAAGCAGCCAUGGUGGCGCAAGCUCUUUGGGCAGGAAUCUGGGCCCUCUGCUGAAAAGUAUAGCGUGGCAACCCAGCUGUUAAUUGGAGGCGUUACUGGAUGGUGCACAGGUUUCAUAUUCCAGAAAGUUGGAAAGUUGGCUGCAACAGCUGUGGGAGGUGGAUUUUUUCUCCUUCAGCUUGCAAACCAUACUGGGUACAUCAAAGUUGACUGGCAGCGAGUAGAGAAGGACAUGAAGAAAGCCAAGGAGCAGCUGAAAAUCCAUAAGAGCAACCAGAUACCUACUGAAGUCAGAAGCAAAGCUGAGGAGGUGGUAUCAUUUGUGAAGAAAAAUGUUCUCGUGACAGGGGGAUUUUUUGGAGGCUUUCUGCUUGGCAUGGCAUCCUAAGGAGGACGACUUCAUUUGCAUUGUUCCUAUUUUUUGUUUUUCUUCCAUCAUUCAUCAGAAAGUAUCAGUUGUGUUUUUGCAGCCAGCAGCCUCUACACUCCGUCAUAGGACACUGAGCCUCCUCCUCCCCUUCUCCUCUUCUCUCAUGCCUUCCUCCCUGCAGUGGCUGGACUGAAUGGUUUUCUGUAGGCAUCUUUCAGUACAACUUAACUAUUGGCCCUAACUUGAGCUUGAUGGUGAUGGAAGACACUAUAGACAUUACUGUACACUCCCUACUUGGCUAAUUUGUAGGUCAGCAAGAAUGUUUCUUUCCUCCCUAUAUAAGAUACUUAUCAGAACACAUCACAAGAUGGCUCACCGUGGAGGAUGAAUGGAUCCUGAAAGGUUGUCCCAAACUGUUGGUUUGGAAAAAGAAAUAGCAAGCACAUAGAUACCUUGUUGUUAUGGGUUGCUUGGAAAGAAACUGAAUACAUUUGCUUUUAAGCAUGAAA